AUGAUGUAUUCUUUCACUUCUAUGGGAGGUAGAAUAAUUGCACCAACUACUCAUGGGCGUGGUCCAUAUACAUACAAGAUUGGAGGUCAAAAUCAUCACCUGAUAGGCAGUUUGUUGCCGAACGAUGGAGCAUGUCCUAAAUUUUCUCAACUAUACAUAUAUGAUACUGAAGAAGAGGUUCAGAAUAGGAUGAGUGCGGCAAGUUCUAAAGACCCAAAUAAAUUUGAAGAUCGUGUCGUUGCACAAUUGAAGGAUAUGAUUGAUCAGCAUAACCCAUUGGCCAAGAGUUUUAGAAUGGCUAGAGAUCGUUUCGAAUCAAACAACGGCGAAGACUUAAAACUUAGGCUAAUUGGAAGAAGGGAUUCUGAUGGAAGGACUUAUAACCUUCCAACAACAUCCGAAGUGGCCGCGCUUAUUGUUGGAGACAUUGAUACAGCAGAUAAGAGGGAUGUAGUAGUCCAAUGGAAAAAUGGAAGAUUAAGGCAGAUAUCUGAGCUUCACCCAUCGUAUUUACCGUUACAAUAUCCACUGAUUUUCCCAUAUGGGGAAGAUGGAUAUCGAGUAGAUGUUAUGCAUAGGGACAAGACCGCAUCAAGUAGUUCUACGAAUAAAAGAGAACGACUUACUAUGCGUGAGUGGUUUGCAUACAGGAUGCAAGAUCGUGAACAUGAAGCUGAUACUUUGUUAUUAUGUCGUCGGUUGUAUCAACAAUUUUUGGUUGACGGCUACACUAUGAUUGAGGCAGAGAGGCUCUCCUUUCUAAAGAAUAACCAACAAAGUUUAAGAUCAGAUAAUGUGAAGAAUUUAAGAGGGGCUGUGGAAAGAGGUGAUACAGAGGGAUCUUCCAAUGGCAAUCGCAUUGUUAUACCAGCGUCAUUCACAGGUGGACAUAGCUACAUGAGAUAG